UAUUGACAGCUCCUUUUUGCAAUAAAUAUUGGUAAAAACGGCCAUUCGAAACAUUAUAUUGAAUAAUUUGUUCAAACUGAUUUCCGAGGCUGAAAUCAUAAAUAUGGCAGAUGAUGCCAAAAGAACUAUAGCGAUGCCUUCUUUAGGAGGUUAUUCGACAGUGAGGCAGGAACAGUAUGGCCAAUACCUGCGUAAGCUGCGACAAGAUUUUAUUGAUACUUGGAACGAAAAACCUCAGACCAAUGCAAAAUUAUGUGACUUUGAGAAGCAAAAAGUAUUGGGGACCGGAGCAUUUGGCGUCGUAUACUUAACUAAACAUGUACAUACUGGUAGAUACUACGCUAUGAAAAUGUUGGAAAAGGAAAAAAUUGUGAAGUUAAAGCAGAUCGAACAUAGCUACUAUGAGAAGAAAAUUCUAUGCGGCCUUAAUUUUCCUUUCUGUGUCUAUAUGAAGUACUUUUUCAAAGAUAAUGUCUACCUUUACUACGUUCUACCAUUCGUGGCUGGAGGUGAAAUGUUUUCUCAUUUACGAAAAUUGGGAAAAUUUGAGGAGAGGUCGUCAAAAUUUUAUGGUGCCCAAGUAGUUUUAGCUCUCGAAUAUCUACACGCAUGUGAAUUAGUUUAUCGCGAUCUUAAACCAGAAAAUAUACUUAUAGAAAGAACCGGUUACAUUAAAAUAACUGAUUUCGGUUUUUGUAAGCUGAUACGCGGAAGAACUUGGACCUUGUGCGGUACUCCCGAAUAUCUGGCACCGGAAAUAAUCCUGAGCAAAGGAUACGGCAUGUCUGUGGAUUGGUGGUCGCUUGGCAUACUCUUGUUUGAAAUGAGCGCUGGACAUCCACCAUUUUACGCUUCCGAUCCUAUGAGAAUUUAUGAAAAAAUUGUUGCCGGUAAAUAUCGAUGUCCAAAUCAUUUUUCUCAAGAACUUAGAGAUUUGAUCUCGCGCGUUCUGCAGGUUGACAUUACCAGGCGUCUCGGAAAUCUUAAGAACGGGGUUUUAGAUUUUAAGAACCACAAAUGGUUUGCAGAGAUCGAUUGGGAUGGUCUCUUGAAUAACCGAAUACCAGCUCCUUUUAUUCCCAAAGUGCGAUCUCCUGGCGAUACGACUUAUUUUGAUAGUUUCGAUGACGAAUUGACGAAGGAGAGCCCUGUAUGUUUGUUCGAAGAUGAGUUUGCUGACUUUUAGCUAUAUUAACUACGUAAUACUAUGUACCGCAAUAGGACGCAAUAAGUUAUUUUAAGUAGGAAUUAAAAACUGUUUCUUUUAAGUUAUUAAUUAUGUUGAAUGGUACAUGUUCGUUUAUUAUUAUUCAUAAACUUCUCUGUAAGUAAAACAUAUUCUUAAUAUAUUGAUUAUUUUUGA